CGCCCGGGUGCCCCGGCCCGGCCCCGCCUGAGAGCGGCCGACCCCAUGCCCGCGGAGGGCGGCGGCGGCGGCCUGCCGGGCCUCCUCAUGUCGUGCCUCAAGGGCCAGCAGGUCCUCCUCAAGAUGGAGGCCAUGAAGAUCGUCCACCCGGAGAAGUGCCCGGAACUGCAAGGGGGCCCGGCCCCGCGCUUCGCCCCGGCCCCCGCGCCCCCCCCGGCCCUGGCGCCCAAGCGGGCCUGGCCCUCCGACGCGGAGGCGGCGGUCAGCCGGGCCCGCGGCGGGGACGGGCCGGCCCCCGCGCCGGGGGGGACGGGGCGCGGCGGCGGCGGCGCCGCCGCCGAGCCGGGCGACGAGGUCAUCGUCAACCAGUACGUCCUGCGGGCCGGGCCGCCGGGCGAGCCGCUGGAGUGCCCCACGUGCGGCCACACGUACAACCUGACCCACCGGCGGCCCCGCGUCCUGUCCUGCCUGCACUCCGUCUGCGAGCAGUGCCUGCAGAUCCUCUACGAGUCCUGCCCCAAGUACAAGUUCAUCUCCUGCCCCACCUGCCGCCGCGAGACCGUGCUGUUCACCGACUACGGGCUGGCCGCCCUGGCCGUCAACACCUCCAUCCUGGGCCGCCUGCCCCCCGAGGCCCUGGCCGCCUCGGCCCCGGGCCAGUGGGUGGGCGAGGCCGAGCGCGGCUGCUACCAGACCUUCCGGCGCUACUGCGGGGCCGCCUGCACCUGUCACGCCCGCAACCCGCUCUCCUCCUGCGCCAUCAUGUAGGGGCGGCCGCCCUCCCCGAACCGGGACCCCCGGACGGUCGCGUCCGCCUUCCCCCCUCAGCCGGGACCCCCCCGACGGCCUCC